GUUUGGAUGCGGAAACCAGAUCAGUAAUGGCGCGUACGAAGCAAACCGCUCGUAAGUCGACCGGCGGCAAGGCGCCGCGCAAGCAGCUGGCCACCAAGGCGGCCCGCAAGAGCGCGCCGGCCACGGGCGGCGUGAAGAAGCCGCACCGCUACCGGCCCGGCACGGUGGCCCUGCGCGAGAUCCGCCGCUACCAGAAGUCCACCGAGCUGCUGAUCCGCAAGCUGCCGUUCCAGCGGUUGGUGCGCGAGAUCGCGCAGGACUUCAAGACCGACCUGCGCUUCCAGAGUUCGGCCGUGAUGGCGCUUCAGGAGGCGUGCGAGGCCUACCUGGUGGGGCUCUUCGAGGACACCAACCUGUGUGCCAUCCAUGCCAAGCGCGUCACCAUCAUGCCCAAGGACAUUCAGCUCGCCCGCCGCAUCCGCGGCGAGAGAGCAUAAAUUAUUGUUGCCAGCAAGUGCCAACUUAAAACCCAAAGGCUCUUUUCAGAGCCACCGAUAAUUUCACUUUGAGGAACUGUAUCACAAGGGAGUAGAAAAUCCCCCCGACCCCCACCCACCAAGGCAAGGCUGGAGGAGGGCCGAACUCCCUACUCCCCCAAGUAUUCCAUGUACCAACCCCAGGAAAGGACAGUCACCCCUGCACACUGUCUUCCAUAUGAGAACAAGACAUUGACUCCUGAAACUACUUUUCCUCUGCAAUCCUUGAAAGUUAUUUGAGAAACAGCCAAGGGAAAAUAGGUGAUAUAUAAAUAUUCUUA